AAAUGAUGCAGUUGUGAUUUCUGGAAGGAAGCUGGCCCGGCAGAUCAGGCAGGAAGCCCGUCACGAGGUUGACCAGUGGGUAGCAGCUGGAAACAAGAGGCCUCACCUCAGCGUUGUUCUUGUGGGUGAAAAUCCAGCGAGUCACUCCUACGUGCUGAACAAAACCAAAGCAGCUGCUGAUGUUGAACAUAUUGAUGAGCACAAGAUUUGUAAACUGACUCCAGACAAAGAUGUUGAUGGCUUUCAUGUGAUAAACGUGGGGCGCAUGUGCCUUGACCAGUACUCCAUGCUGCCAGCUACCCCCUGGGGGGUGUGGGAGAUCAUUAAGAGAACUGGCAUCCCAACACUGGGGAAGAACGUGGUGGUGGCUGGCAGGUCAAAGAAUGUGGGCAUGCCCAUCGCCAUGUUGCUGCAUACGGACGGCAGGCACGAGCGCCCGGGAGGGGAUGCCACAGUCACAAUAUCCCACCGCUACACUCCCAAGGAGCAGCUGAAGCAACACACGAUCCGUGCUGAUAUUGUGGUAGCAGCAGCAGGCAUACCCAAUCUGAUCACAGCUGAUAUGAUCAAAGAAGGAGCUGCAGUGAUUGAUGUGGGGAUAACGAGAGUGCAGGAUCCUGUCACUGCCAAACCGAGGCUGGUUGGGGAUGUGGAUUUUGAAGAGGUGAAGAAGAAAGCCAGCUACAUCACUCCGGUCCCUGGGGGAGUUGGGCCUGUGACAGUUGCCAUGCUGAUGAAGAACACCAUCAUUGCUGCCAAGAAGCUGUUGAAGCCUGAAGAGCUGGAAGCAUUAACCGCUUAACGUGGGACUCUCUCUAGCACUGAAAACAACAUUCCAAACUGACUCCCAAACAGGCCGAUAGAAAAUGCAAUAUUUUUAUUUAUUGUGUUGGAAGUGGAGUUUCCUGUUCUGAGGACGUAGAUAUUUAUUGGAAGCUGAAGCAUAUGCACAGUAGUCGUACUAAGGUGUAAGCAUCUACACUCCUGGCCUACUCAUGCUAGCAAAGCUGCUUUAUGUUUAAGCUAGGA